GACAUGUGUGUGGUGUGUGGGAGUUUUGGCCAGGGGGCAGAGGGCAGGUUGCUGGCCUGCUCUCAGUGUGGCCAGUGUUACCAUCCCUUCUGUGUCAACAUCAAGGUGAGAUAGAGACAGUUGUUUAGCAUCAUCUCUUGUUUUGUUGAUUAUUGUGUGUUAAAAAUAUAUUUUGUAUUUCAUAUUCAAAAGGAUUUAGAUAGAUAGAGUUCGGAAAGUAUUCAGACCCCUUGACUUUUUCCACAUUUUGCUACGUUAGUCUAUAUAAAUAAAUGUUUUCCUUAUUCUAAAAUUGAUUAAAUAAAUGUUUUCCCUCAUCAAUCUACACACAAUACCCCAUAAUGACAAAGCGAAAACAGGUUUGUAGAUUUUUUUUGCAAAUGUAUUAAAAAUGAAAAACAGAAAUACCUUAUUUCCAUAAGUAUUCAGACCCUUUGCUAUGAGACUCGAAAUUGAGCUUGGGUGCAUCCUGUUUCCAUUGAUCAUCCUUGAGAUGUUUCUACAACUUGAUUGGAGUCCACCUGUGGUAAAUACAAUUGAUUGGACAUGAUUUGGAAAGGCACACACCUGUCUAUAUAAGGUCCCACGGUUGACAGUGCAUGUCAGAGCAAAAACCGAGCCAUGAGGUCAAAGGACUUGUCUGUAGAGCUCUGAGACAGGAUUGUGUUGAGGCACAGAUCUGGGGAAGGGUACCAAAACAUCUCUGUGGAGAUGGGAGAACCUUCCAGAAGGACAACCAUCUCUGCAGCACUCCACCAAUCAGGCCUUUAUGGUAGAGUGGCCAGACGGAAGCCACUCCUCAGUAAAAGGCACAUGACAGCCCGCUUGGAGUUUGCCAAAAGACACGUGAAGGACUCUCAGACCAUGAGAGACAAUAUUCUCUGGUCUGAUGAAACCAAGAUUGAACUCUUUGGCCUGAAUGCCAAGCGUCAUGUCUGGAGGAAACCUGGCACCAUCCCUACGGUGAAGCAUGGUGGUGGCAGCAUCAUGCUGUGGGGAUGUUUUUCAGCGGCAGGGACUGGGAAACUAGUCAGGAUCGAGGGGAAGAUGAACAGAGCAAAGUACAGAGAGAUCCUUGAUGAAAACCUGCUCCAGAUCGCUCAGGACCUCCGACUGGGGCAAAGGUUCACCUUCCAACAGGACAACGACCCUAAGCACACAGCCAAGACAACGCAGGAGUGGCUUCGGGACAAGUCUCUGAAUGUCCUUGAGUGGCCCAGCCAGAGCCCGGCUUGAACCUGAUCGAACAUCUCUGAAGAGACCUGAAAAUAGCUUUGCAGCGACGCUCCCCAUCCAACCCGACAGAGCUUGAGAGGAUCUGCAGAGAAGAAUGGGAGAAACUCCCCAAAUACAGGUGUGCUAAGCUUGUAGCGUCAUAUCCAAGAAGACUCUAGGCUGUAAUCCCUGCCAAAGGUGCUUUUUUGUCCAUUUUAGAAUAAGGCUGUAACGUAACAAAAUGUGAAUAAAGUCAAGGGGUUUGAAUACUUUCCAAAUGCACUGUAGAUAGAUAGAUAUUUAAAUAGGUUUUGGGAUCAAAAGAGGUGAUUUAACAUCAAUACAUCACAUCAAUUGUUAAUUUCACCUUACAAAAAGGGUUGAGAAUUGAUUAAAAAUAAUUAAACAAAGAAGAAUCUCCCAUUGUGCACCCCUUCCACGUUUCAUUUGAAUGGUUCUUCUCCCUAUUAGUUGCGUUCGAACUUGGUCAUUAGCUUCUGCUACAGUAUUAAGAUCACCUUCGAUAAUGACCGUGUACCCUACGCAUAAAAGUUCCACCACAGACGUUCCGUUCCGUCUUUUGUUUUUGCAUUACCUGUAGAUGGUGAGGAGUGACGUCGUUUGACAGUUUGAGUAAUCGUGCUGGCUGUCUUAGAAGGGAACGGAGGCAGGGGGGGGCUUUCUUUCCCAUCUCUAAAAGAUCAUACCCAACCGACCAAUGACGUAUAAAAACACUGAAAAUGUCUCUGUAUGUCAGUGAAUAAUGUACAGUAUAGAAUGUCUGUCUGAAAGCCAUAUGGCCAUCAACUUAUUGUACCAGUGUUAGAUGCUAAGUGACUAAGAAUGGUUUCAAUAUGUAAGAAGAAAAACAUGGCAGACUCACUGAGUCAGCAAUGAGACAGUGACUGAUAGUUAUUUUUCGACCAAAGUUUUUAGUUUCGGUUACGUAAGCAUGUGGCUGUUCCUCUUCCAUUCCCAUGACACUUUUAGGUCCCAGGAAACUCCUCUGAGUGUCGUGCGUGUGCGUGCAUAGCUUAGUUGUAGUGUAGCUGCCAGGUGAUCCCAUACAGAUAGUAUUAGGCUCUGUGUCGACCUCCCAAAGCAGCUUUGAGCUGAGGUGUCAAAUAGAUACUGGGAUGAUUAAGAGGUUUCACUUUAAGCGCCUUGUGUGGAUUCUCUUGAUGGACUUAUGGCCAAGCCUUAUCGUCGCACCGCUACCCCCUCUGGCAGACAAACAACAUGAAAUGCUGUGCAUCCACUAGGACCUAAGCCAGUUUCCUUUGAUAUACAGUGCAUUCGGAAAGUAUUCAGACCCCUUGACUUUUUCCACAUUUUGCUAUGUUACAGCCUAUACACAAUACCCCAUAAUGACAAAGCGAAAACAGGUUUUUAGAAAUUUUUUGCAAAUGUAUAUAAAAAAAAAAGAAUACCUUAUUACAUAAGUAUUCAGACCCUUUGCUAUGAGACUCGAAAUUGAGCUCAGGUGCAUCCUGUUUCCAUUUAUCAUCCUUGAGAUGUUUCCAACUUCAUUGGAGUCCACCUGUGAUAAAUUCAAUUGAUUGGGCAUGAUUUGGAAAGGCACACACCUGUCUAUAUAAGGUCUCACGGUUGACAGUGCAUGUCAGAGCAAAAACCAAGCCAUGAGGUCGAAGGAAUUGUCCGUAUAAUUCAGAGACAGGAUUGUGUCGAGGCACAGAUCUGGGGAAGGGUACCAAAACAUUUCUGCAGCAUUGAAGGUCCCCAAGAAAGACAGUGGCCUCUAUCAUUCUUAAAUUGAAUACGUUUGGAACCACCAAGACUUCCUAGAGCUGGUCGCCCGGCCAAACUGAUCAAUCGGGGGAGAAGGGCCUUGGUCAUAGAGGUGACCAAGAACCCGAUGAUCACUCUGACAGAGUUCCAGAGUUCCUCAAAAAAUGAUGAGUACCUGGCACCAUCCCUACGGUGAAGCAUGGUGGUGGCAGUAUCAUGCUGUGGGGAUGUGUUUUUGCUUUGGCUUUUUAAAAACAUAAUCCAUUUUAGAAUAAAGCUGUACCGUCACAAAAUGUGGAAAAAGUCAAGGGGUCUGAAUACUUUCCGAAUGCACUGUAGGGUGUCGUUCCUGCAAAUAACACCUCAACCAGUCGCCACUCCAAGCCGCCUUGUCAUAGUUCAUUGUAGUUGGAACAAAGCCUUUUCAAUUAAAUCAAUAGUAUGUUAAGCAGUUUUUUUGCUGAUGUCUAUUUUGCCUCCUCAAUGUAUUCAGUAAAGUCACCCUGAAAUAUAUAGAUUGUACACCCCCCCCCCUUAUAAUCUCUCCCCCUAAAAAUAAAAGAUCUCACUCAGUAAUGGGAGCCUAUCAGACACACUUGUUUUCUUCAAAAUCACGCCUGCCUCUGCCAACCAAUCGCUCCUAGGCCAGCUAAUACACAGUGAUUAACCUGAUUGAUGUUAGCAGCACCGCAGCGCACCGGUGGAAGCUAAUGGACGGGAAUGAUGGAGAUGCAGUUAUUGACGGCCCACGCUAGCUAGCGAAAUGGCUAAUUGCCCUCGGCAGCCAAGCCACAUGCUCAGCAGCACUCAGUGUGACUGUGAAUUUCACUCACGGCUAUUCACAUUGGCUUCUUGGUUGUACUUUUUAUUUAUUGUUAUUUUACAAGGCUAGUAAAAGGACCAUUUACCUGUUAUUGACAACAUGUUGAGAAUAAGUAUUUUGUGUCAGCCGUUUCAGUCUACCGGUUCCAAUGGAAACGGUGGCUUACUGUAGAUAGUAAUUGGGUCAUGAUAUUGGUUAACUGUUUUCUGUGCAAUCUCUAAAUACCUGACCCAGAGUCCUUGACUAAAAAGCAAUUUUAAUGAAGAUAUCCAUUGACCAUGCUUUUAAGUCCAGGACUAGUCAAAAUCUGGGUGGCUAGGCUAUGCAAGUGAAAAUCGUUGGACCAACGUCAGCUUGUUAUGUGGUAUUCCAUGGUAUCUGUUGUUUGGCUUUCAGCACAUGAUGAGAGGAGGAGGAGUGGGGGAGGAGGGUCUUUCUCUAUUUUGAUUGAUCCUCCCUCCCCAUGGUUUAUUUAAGCAAUAAGGCCUGAGGGGGUGUGGUAUAUGGCCAAUAUACCACGGCUAAGGGCUGCUCUUUGCACUAUGCAACGCGGAGUGCCUGGAUACAGCCCCUUAGUCGUGGUAUAUUGGCCAUAUACCAUAAACCCCAGAGGUGCCUUAUUACUAAUUAGAACAGUAAAAAUACAUGUUUUUUCAUACCCGUGGUAUACCACGGCUUUCAGUCAAUCAGCAUUCAGGGCUCGAACCACCCAGUUUAUAAUGGCUAAUAAAUACCAGUGCUGACAAGUAGCUCAGUAAUGACCUUUAACUUCUCUGGAAGAUGUGCUGCUGAGAAUUCGAGUUUGGAUUAUUUCCCUGCAAUGUAAAUAUAUAACACAAAACUAUUAGUCAAUAUGUUCCAUUGAAAUUAACCUUAAAGGGGAUUCCUAUACCUGCUGUGCCCCUUUAACCCCUCCCUAACCUUUGCCCUUUGUGCCACCAGAUCUCCCGGGUGGUGCUGAGUAAAGGCUGGCGCUGUCUGGAGUGCACGGUGUGCGAGGCGUGCGGCCAGGCCAGCGACCCGGGCCGUCUGCUGCUGUGUGAUGACUGUGACAUCAGUUACCACACCUACUGCCUGGACCCUCCCCUGCAGACGGUGCCCAAGGGCAGCUGGAAGUGCAAGUGGUGUGUAUAAGCUGUGACGGCUGUCACUCACGGAGCACAGCCAAACAGAGCAUCAGAGCUUGUCUGGCUGCGCGAAUGAAGCGGUGAAAUGUUUUCAGAACAUGACUUGUUUUUAUUGUUGGUUUGUCACUCUUCUUUCCCUUAGUACCUCAUCUGUUGAUAUGGCUCCAUCUCUAUAAUGUACCUUCUCAUCCACGUUUCUGUAUGGUCCCUCCCCCUCACACUGAUCUGUAGCAGCGCUUUAUGGGAUUUCCCCCAUAUCAGGUGUAACGUCAGUCCCUAAUCCCCAGUCAAACAACGCUCUGUUGACACUGCAGCGAGACACAUUCAUUCAGGACUUUCCUUGGAGCCCCGCCAGUGACAUAUUUAUUUGUAGGGCAGCUCUUUUCAUGGUGGAUGAUCCAUACAAACACACACACACACUUCAGUAACUGGAGUCGGUUAUUUUAGUAUUUAUAGUAGGUGUGUGUGUCAGUUUACCCUCAGGUUUGUUUGGAUGAACAGUAUUUCUGUGUGUGUGAGAUACAUUAUCUUUGGACACGUCUGUGUUGGAAUGUAUGCUAGAUAUGCUGUGAGUCGCUGCGGUUGUGUGUGUGUAUUUCACCCUUGCUGAAUCUCACCCCCUCACGCCACCCUCUCUCCCCCUGCCAUAGGUGUGUCUCCUGUACCCAGUGUGGUGCCACCUCCCCUGGCCUGAGGUGUGACUGGCAGAACCAUUACACCCUGUGCGGCCCCUGUGGCAGCCUGGCAUCAUGCCCGAUGUGCACGCGUAGCUACCGCGAGGACGAGCUCAUCGUGCAGUGCCGCCAGUGUGACAGGUGGGCAGCGUUCUCUCUCCCUCUGUCAGGCCAGGUGCCAGCCGAGAAUGAUUGGGUGGCACUAGGGCCUGACAACACUGUAGACAUGGCAUGCUGGCAUCCAGCGUUCAGUUUGACGAAGACAACAGUCCAAAGAUUUACUACGGUUUAAUUUAGUAAUCGUAAGGCUUGAGGGGCCGGAACGUAUGGUUGCUGUGGCAACUGGGUUAAUGCAUGUCGGAAUCUGUGUGUGUGUGUGUGUGUGUGUGUGUGUGUGUAGGUAAGAGCUUGUUUAUGUGUCUUUGUACAUCUGUGGAUCUGUGUUUUUACACUUGUAUAUAUUCAUAUUGCGUGACUACUUACACAUUUAUAAAGUCCAGGCAUAAAGUGCGUCUGUAAAUGUAUCUGAUCUUCUCCUUCCCAUCUCAGGUGGAUCCACGCGUGUUGCCAGGGCCUGAACACGGAUGAGGAGGUGGAGAAUGCAGCAGAUGACGGCUUUGACUGCACCAUGUGUCGAAUGCACGCUCUGCCUUCACAGGGUAAGACUCCAGACCUAGCCCACACGCUAUGAAAGCUAUGUGUAUGAUAGUAAGGCCAAUACCUUACAAUAGGUAUGUGGUGAUGGCUAUAUAAAGUGUGUGUUAGUCUGCAUCAGAGAAACAGGAACCAAUUUGCUGGAAAGAUGCUGUAAAUAGACCCCUAUGCACAAUAGUUGAUGACUAGUUGUUAAGUGAUAAUGCCAGAGAAGCUGGUGUUUGGAGGAUGUAUUGACACGGGUGUUUUUGGCACGGGUGUUUUUAUACAACGGGUUACCAACAUAUUUAAAUAAUGAUUUACAUAUUUUCAUUAAAAACUUUAUUGUUAUUAAUUUAUUCAUACUAUUUCAUCCUUCCACAAGAUAUAGUCCCGACACAAAUCUAGGGUUGCUACCCAAUCCAGCUGGUCGUUCGUUCUAUCGGUUCGGUUGCCACAGAUGCGACCCUGUCAUUAAGUCUCGUUGUUCUGUAUUUAUGGACGCGACCCAGUCAUUCAUUCUAAAUGUUCAAUUGCCAUACUGGCUGGCAACGUUCUUAUCCCUUGCUUGCUAACGAGCCAACUAUGACUAACUUACAGUCACGUCAAACGGUGCAGCCAGAAUAUCUACAAAGUAGUGACAUUUAUUUGGAUACAUCCAUAACAAUGAGCUAAUGAUGCGCAAUUUCACCUGGCAUCGAAAAUGCGCUUUCUCGUCAGGACACUGUUGUUCAGAAGAGCUAGCCAACAGAGAGAAUGAUUUAUUUCAGCUUUUAUUUUUUUCAUCACAUUCCCAGUGGGUCAGAAAUUUACAUACACUCAAUUAGUAUUUGGUAGCAUUGCCUUUAAAUUGUUUAACUUGGGUCAAACGUUUCAGGUAGCCUUCCACAAGCUUCCCUGGGUGAAUUUUGGCCCAUUCCUCCUGACAGAGCUGGUGUAACGGAGUCAGGUUUGUAGGCCUCCUUGCUCGCACACGCUUUUUCAGUUCUGCCCACAAAUUUUCUAUAGGAUUGAGGUCAGGGCUUUGUGAUGGCCACUUCAAUACCUUGACUUUGUUGCCCUUAAGCCAUUUUGCCACAACUUUGGAAGUAUGCUUGGGGUCAUUGUCCAUUUGGAAGACCCAUUUGCGACCAAGCUUUAACUUCCUGACUGAUGUCUUGAGAUGUUGCUUCAAUAUAUCCACAUACUUUUCCUUCCUCAUGAUGCCAUCUAUUUUGUGCAGUGCACCAGUCCCUCCUGCAGCAAAGCACCCCCACAGCAUGAUGUUGCCACCCCCGUGCUUCACGGUUGGGAUGGUGUUCUUCGGCUUGCAAGCCACCCCCUUUUUCCUCCAAACAUAAUGAUGGUCAUUAUGGCCAAACAGUUCUAUUUUUGUUUCAUCAGACCAGAGGACAUUUCUCCAAAAAGUGCAAUGUUUGUCCCAUGUGCAGUUGCAAACCGUAGUCUGGCUUUUUUAUGGCGGUUUUGGAGGAGUGGCUUCUUCCUUGCUGAGCGGCCUUGCAGGUUAUGUCGAUAUAGGACUUGUUUUACUGUGGAUAUAGAUACUUUUGUACCUGUUUCCUCCAGCAUCUUCACAAGGUCCUUUGCUGUUGUUCUGGGAUUGAUUUGGUCCUCUGUAGCUCAGCUGGUAGAGCACGGCGCUUGUAACGCCAAGGUAGUGGGUUCGAACCCCGGGACCACCCAUACACAAAAAAAUGUAUGCACGCAUGACUGUAAGUCGCUUUGGAUAAAAGCGUCUGCUAAAUGGCAUAUUAUUAUUAUAUUAUUAUCUCUAGGAGACAGAACGCGUCUCCUUCCUGAGCGGUAUGGUCCCAUGGUGUUUAUACUUGCGUACUAUUGUUUGUACAGAUGAACGUGGUACCUUCAGGCGUUUGGAAAUUGCUCCCAAGGAUGAACCAGACUCGUAGAGGUCUACAAUUUUUCUUUUGAUUUCUUUUGAUUUUCCCAUGAUAUCUAGCAAAGAGGCACUGGGUUUGAAGGUAGGCCUUGAAAUACAUCCACAGGUACACCUCCAAUUGACUCAAAUGAUGUCAAUCAGCCUAUCUGAAGCUUCUAAAGCCAUUACAUCAUUUUCUGGAAUUUUCCAAGCUGUUUAAAGGCACAGUCAACUUAGUGUAUUUAAACUUCUGACCCACUGGAAUUGUGAUACAGUGAAUUAUAAGUGAAAUAAUCUGUCUGUAAACAAUUGUUGGAAAACUUACUUGUGUCAUGCACAAAGUAGAUGUCCUAACAGACAGUGGUUGAAAAACAAGUUUUAAUGACUCCAACCUAAGUGUAUGUAAACUUCCGACUUCAACUGUAUCCAUAAAAAUUAUGCUGAUUCAUCAUUUCGACUGGCUGAGAAAAGCUGCCUGCCUGCCUGCCUGCCUGUCUGCCUGUCUGCCUCAUCCCGACUCCUUACUAUGCGACAGCUGGAGAUCGAAUUUGAAUAUUGGAACAGUGUUGCAAAUGUCGGAGACACAGACAGCAAGGUUUAUACAAAUCUCCACUGUAGUCUAAAAGAAAUGCGAGAUAAUGUCUAUAUGCUUUUUAUAGUGGAGAUCAAGUUUAUAAAUUGCCUGGCUAGGCUGAUGAGACAGUGGAUUGUGCAGUCAGAUGGAACAGAGUACUGUAAAUAGGCAUUUUAACGCCGUAGAUUUAGCCAGUAUUUUAAAUGUACUGUAGUCUACAGUGUUCCCAAGCUCAUCUCAAUGAACCCAACCAGCUCCACUCAAUUAGCCUAAAGGCAUCCUCUAUUCUGUUAAUGGGACCAGCCUCAGCUAGUGGGCUGUUCAUUACAACAGCAGAUGGCUAGAAUAAAAAAUCAACCUGCAACCUGCUAUCCUGCAAUCUGAUAAUGAUUGAAAUUGGGAACAGAUUUUACCUCUGAGAAAAGCGAGAAGGAGUGAUGGAGUGAUGGAGAAAGGGAGGUAGGGAGAUAAAUGGACAUCCUUAUUUGAAUGAUGGAAUUAUUGAAGGAACUCAAUUAAAUGAUAAUUGAGUUACAUAUUUAAGUGUUUAUUCUUUACAUUUGGUGGCAGCGUUGGGAUCCAGUGCUCGCAGUUUGAUGCACUUAUUAAGGCAACAGUGUUCACUGCUGUUUUUGACUUCAAUGCACUGAAAUCGAAAGUCUGCAAAUCCUAUUCAUAACGACUCAUGACAUUUUGCAAAUUUGUAAUGUCAUCGUUUCAGGCAAAAUGAAGGCCCUCCUGUCUGAUGGCUGCGAGGCCCCGAUGGUGACCCAGAUUGUGACUAAAACGAGAGAACCAGGUAAUCAAGCUCUACAGAUCCAAAUAACCCUGAUAAUAGUCACGGUUUAUGAAGUGGUGUGAAUCAAAUGAAUCAUUACUUUCUGCAAAUGUUGUAGCUCGUUGACAGUGUUGGACUACUGUAAUAGCCAAAGUAUGAGGACACAAGUAUUUCACUAUUUGUUUUAAAAAAAUAUGGUAAGCACAUAUGCUUUUCGACGUGUACACGGUCGGCAGCAUUUAGUUCACAAUACUUAAAAUACUUCAUGGUUAGUGUACUCGAAGUCCUCGAGCUACAUUGCUGCUUGUUUUUCUGCGAUUGUCUAAUGUUGUUGAAACCCUUAAAUCGCCCUUUAGCCAUUCAGAAGACAUACACCCAGGACGGGGUGUGUCUGACAGAGUCAGGCCUGUGCCAGCUGCAGAGCCUGGCGGUGCCCUCUACGUCGACCCGCCGAGGACAGAACAGGCGGCCCAAGCCCAAGCUCAAGCUGAAGAUCAUCAACCAGAACAGCGUGGCUGUGCUCCAGACUCCAUCGGACUCCCACUACUCAGAGCUGUCCCGGGACGGGUACAUGGACAACAACCGAGGUAAAGACUUCUAGGGUUUCACGAAUGGUUGGCUGCGGGUGCCCCACCUUGAGGGGUCCGGGGGCUCCAACCCGGCAACAAAAUGACAAGAGAAGAAAAAAAGAAAGAGGUUUGCUCAAAUAACCCCCCCCCCCCCCCCGAGAAGUCUAAAACAUCAAGUUUUGUUUUCAUUGAAAAUGUAGAUUAAUAUGUUUGAACUGGGAUGAGAAGAUGCAGAUAUUGGAGCUCAAUGGCCAUUCACAUUGGCCAGCACUGGAAUAUCUGGGCUAUUUUCUGAGGAUAGAGUUUUCAGUUAGAUUUUCUUGGUAUGACAAGGUAUUCCUCAUUGCUUUUUAAUCAGAAUGGUCAAAAGAAAGUGCGGAUGUUUGCCAAGAAGCAACGUUUCAAUCAUCUCAAUGUAGAUGCACAGAAAAUUUAAAAAUUUAAAAAUCAUCCCUGCCUAUUUGGGAAAAGCGAAGCAAAGGAUGGAGAGCAGCAGGCAUGUAAUGAAUUUGACUAAGAGAGAAGAAAGUAUUUGAAAACAGCAGUCAGCAAAUCAUACCUGAAUUGGCAUUUUGGUGAUGAGAGGAGGCCGGCCGGGGCUAACUGAAUUAAUCCGCAGCUCAUCCGUCAGAACUCUGCUCUCAGAGUGCAAGCAAGGGCUAAUGAUGAGGAAUUAACCCUUUCCUGCUCACUCUAUAUGUGGACAUCUAGAUUUAGCCCAUUCCGAGAGGGAUGGCUGCUGUACACAUCACGUAAAGCUACGUUAUAAUGUAGCUAUGACUGCACAUGAGUUUAUACAUUUACAUUUAUGUCAUUUAGCAGACGCUCUUAUCCAGAGCGACUUACAGUUAGUGCAAACAUUAUUCUUUUUAUUUUUAUUUUCAUACUGGCCCCCCGUGGGAAUCUCGGGGGGGCCAGUAUGAAGAGCUGCUAGAUAGAUUAGAUUCAUCUUGGCGUGAAGAAGUCUAUUUUAGCCUUUACAGUAGUGAACUAGGGUUGUGAUCAGGUACUAGGGACUAUUUUAGGAUGUCUGUAGGUGUUAUAGCCAACCACCAUAAGUGCAGUACAUGAACCUCAUUGCAUGAAGAAAAAUUAGAGAAAUAACAACCAAAAAGUCAGCCUUAGACUAAUCAUGCGUAUAUACAGUAUGUACAUUUGUGCAAGACCCAAAUGUAAAGGAUAUAUACAUCAAUCAUUGAACAAAUCCUGGAGAUGCCACUCAUUUGCAUAUAUAAUCUGAGAAAUACUAAAGUGUUAAAAAGGGUUAUCGCUAAGGGUUAUUGCUAAGGGUUAUCUCGAAAAUGGUUUAAGUGGUUUGUUUGGUAAUUCCGCCACUUAAUGUACGCCUCAUCCAGAGGUCUUACUCAGACACCAGGCAUAUGAAGAUGGCAGACCUUCCAUCAAAGAUACAUUGAGGGUUUUGUGGGUCACCAGAAUUAUGUGCAGGGUCAGGGCAUGUUCAUUAAGCACCAAAUGCGUACAAUAGAGAGGGAUUACCGAGACUUCAAUUGCAAAAAGUGUUUUCGAUUGCGUGUCCUAAUGAACAAGACCUCGGUCUGUAGUCCUGGGUUUGGUGAAAUGGUUCUGGUUUGGUCCUGGAUUUGGUUCUGGAUUUGGUCCUGGAUUUGGUUGUGUUCCGUUCCAGAAGGGGACCUCAUGAUGGACUGUGACGUUAAGUCGGAGUCCAGCCCGGAACGGGAGCCUGUCUACGACAACGCCAAGGGGGCCGACGACGCCGACGGCAACAAGAAGAGGAAGAGGAAACCGUACCGGCCC